GUGUGCAGACUGCAGAGGCACGGGCACUGUGACCUCUGUUGAACCCGGCUCAGACCCCAACCCCCCAGGCCAGAGGGGAUUUUGGCCGGUGCCCGGCUGUGCAAGCAGAGGCCCCUGCACCGUGGGAACGUCCUCCGGCCUCUCCCCCAUCCCGCUCCCAGCAUUACCCCAAACCGCUACCCCGGAGCGGUGCUGAGGGGGACAGCGCUGACGUCCCCUGCCGGUGUGCGGACUCUGCUGGUGGGAAGACUGUGACCCCGAGGUCUUUGGGCAGCUGUGCCAUCAGCAUGGGCUCUGCAUCCAUGAGAACUGCCUGCCACUUGUAGUGAUGGAGCUGAGGUCACAGCACCGCAAGAUGGGGGAGUCCCCCACCGUGCCGCCGGAGGAGCAGGCAGGACCCUCUGGUGUGCCUCCCCCACGCAAAAAGAAGCGUCAGGCCCCCAAGGAGGAAGUGUGCGGGCUGUGCCGACGGGGAGACUGUGACCCCGAGAUCUUCGGGCAGCUGUGCCGUCAGAAUAGGCUCCUCAUCCAUGAGAACUGCCUGUACCACGCCAGCAGACUGAUGCAGAGAGGGGCCGAUGAAGAGGGCUUCUAUGGCUUCCUCUUCCCUGACAUCCGGCAGGAGCUGAAGCGGGUGGCACAAAAGAGGUGCUGCAUCUGCCGGCUGCAGGGUGCCUCGGUCACCUGCAAGAGCCGGCGCUGCCGACGAACGUUCCACUUCCCCUGCGGAAGCGAGCGAGGCUGCAUCUCCCAGUUCUUUGGGGAGUUCAAGUCCUUCUGCUGGAAGCACCGGCCGGUGCAGCGGGUGCGGGCGGUGCAGCAUGGCCAGACCCCCUGCCUCAUUUGCCUGGAGGCAGUGGCGGGGCGACCCACCUAUGACACCCUGGUCUGCCCUGCCUGUGCCAGCGCCUGGUUCCACCGUCGCUGCAUCCAGGGCCAGGCGCUGCGGUCUGCCCUGCACUACUUCUGCUGCCCGCUAUGCCGGGACAUGGCAACCUUCCAGGCGGAGAUGUUCCGCCUGGGCAUCAAAAUCCCCGACAGGGAUGCUGCCUGGGAGGAGGAGGAUGGAGCCUUCGCGGAACAUUAUGAGCGGCACAGCUCCUGCGAUGCUGGCCUGUGCCUGUGCCCGGCAGGACGGGAGCAGGCGGAGGUGAAUGGGCCCUGGAGACUCCUGCUCUGCAGCUCCUGCGGCUCCCGCGGAACACACCAGCUCUGCUCUGCCGUGGGAGAAGAUGCCAACUCCUGGGAGUGUGCAGACUGCAGAGGCAUGGGCGCUGCAUGGACCGAGCUCCACGGUGCCUGCAUCCCCACUUGCGUGUCUCUGCCUGGCUGCCGCUUCGGGGAUCCCCCAGUUGGCGAGUCUGAGGAAGAAGAGGCCAGGAUCCCUGAAGGACACCCUGACACCCAACAGCCCUCCCAGACCCUGUCCCAGAAACCUGCAGAUCCUCACUGA